AUGAAAUUAGCAGUAGACCAAUUAAGUGCAUACAAGAGUAGUAAUUAUUAUAACAGAUUAAUAUCAGUGGGAGUAUUCCCUUUAUUAUUCAGUAUUAUAUAUACUACAUUAUCAUGUAUACUAUACUAUGGAUUUAUAAAUAUGAAUAGUACUAAAUAUAGUGACUACACUACAGCUAUAUUAGUAUUCGGUAUGGGAGUAUUAUUAAGUAUAAUACCUAUAAUAAGGGGUACACUAACCACUGUCACAUGCAUAGAGUACUUAGAUGGGGAUUUAUUAAAUACCGCAUACCCUAAAUAUAAAAUCAAUUAA